CUCUCCACGGCAUAAGGGCAUUAGGUGAGGUUGGUACUGCCAGCCACUCCUCCUUGUUUGGCAGCAGCCCCGUGGACAUGGAUAGACUAUAUUUUGGUAGUCCCAAGGCGGACGAGGACCGAUUCAGCUAUGAUUAUGACACUGUCAGGAAUGGAGGCCUGAUUUUUGCUGGCUUGGCAUUCAUUGUGGGACUGAUCAUCAUCCUAGGCAAAAAGCUUCGAUGUGGGGGCAAGAAAAAACACCGGCAAAUCGAUGAAGAUGAACUUUAAGUGCAGGGUCAGUCACAUCCACACCUACAGCUUCUGCAAUUUGUUUCCCUGGACAAGGGAUAUGUGCCUAUUCUGGAGACCUCCCCAGGGCCCUCCGGCCCUUUAUGCCUUUGCUACUGACACUCCCCCGCAAGGCCAAGACUGGUCUGGGCUUUGUCGUCUGCAUCACCUGCCUCCCUUGCUCCCCAGGCCUCUUUGCCUUGAUGAUAAUAAAGCUGGCU